UCUCAAUGCUACGGAACUACGGAGUCGCCGGGUGUGCGGUUAAGCAAAUGAUCGUUUGCAUUUACUUAAGAAGUUAGUUGUUCAUAAAAUGAUCAUAUUUUUAAUCUUAACAUUAACUGUUUCUCAAGCGAUUGGUGAAGUAGAACAGAACGCAGGAUGUGGGUUUGGAUUCGAGCUGUUGAUGGCAAAGUUAGAAGCAAUCGAAGACAGAUUGAUUGCUCUUGAAACACGGCUGGAGAAUGCAUCACCAAACACAAUACAAACCGAGAAUAUUCAAGCAGUCCAAAAGUCAGAAAGAAUCGUUGAAGAACGUUCCAAUAUCGUUCCAGUGCCUGAGACCAACAGCAACCAACCAAUACAACAGCCAACAGAGGCGAAAGUCGAACCCGCACGGUCAAAGUAUCCACUCGGCAUCGAGCCUACGGCAGAACAGCUUGCACUAGGUGAAGACAGCAUUUACAGCUCGUGCCGCGAGGUCCCAUCCAGGGUCAGUGGCACAUUUCUUAUCAGAAUUUCGGACGAUGCCCGGCCAAUGAAUUUGCUCUGCGAUGCGCACGCAAACGACGUCGGGUGGAUCGUGGUGCAGAAUCGUUUCAACGGUUCGGAAUCGUUCUAUCGCAAGUGGAGCGACUACGAGGCCGGAUUUGGCAGCUUGGACGGGGAGUUUUGGCUCGGGCUGGAGCGCAUUAGCCAGCUGGUGAACAAUGGGCGCCGGUGGGAGAUUAUGUUUUUGCUGACAAACUGGGGAGGACUUAUACAGUACAGCAGGUUCACCAAGUUCCAGUUUGGCAAUGCGGAUGAUGGAUAUAUGCUGAAGCAGGCGACAUCUUACUCGGGCAAUGCGGGCGACUCGAUCAGCCGACAUGCGGGUAUGAAGUUUACAACGUACGAUCGAGAUAACGAUGCGGCACCGUACAACUGUGCGAAGAAGCAUCGCGGUGGUUGGUGGUACCAUCAGCAGUGUGUUACCAGCAAUCUUAAUGGUCUGUACGGGAAUACGUUUAGUGAUCAGUCAAACAGUUGGAUGACGAUGAAACCUAAUGGUUGGGGAUUGAAGGCAUCUAAAAUUAUGAUACGUGAAAUGUUGUAAAUGGCACUACUACUUGUAAUGGUAA